AUGAAUAAUCAAUGGGAGAUACCGAUUGUUACAUCGACAAUACGUGAAGAUGUUGAUAAAAAAGGUGUGAAAUGUUAUGUUUGUGAUUGUUGCAUCAAUACGAAAUGUACCGAAUGGAUUUCAAAAGAUUACCAAUUAAAGGAAAUUGUUGUAGAAUGGUGCUUAGAAUCUUGUGAACUUCGAGAGUCUAUAGAAAUUUGUAGGGAUAAAAUUGCAUUCCCAAACUUAAAGAAGAAAGGUGCUGUCCCUAGGAUGGAAAUGCUUUCUCAUGAGUUGACAAAUGAUUACGAGAAUCAAAUUACAGAAGCACUUCAAGAAACUGAAGUUUCAGACCCUGCCCAGAUAUUGAAAAUGAAAAGAGAUUUACUACAAGAAGAUGAAGAAUAUACUUUAACUGGAGGAUCAGGGCCCUCAGAAGAAUUACCACCAUUGUUCCCUAGCGGUUCCAGUACUACAAACAAUAAACCUCUUAUCGAAGACAUUUCUGAUUGGAAACCAAAUGAUAAAAAUUCUAAUCAAAUAGAAAAUCAACCUAAAACUAAGAAAGAUCCUAAGUUUGAAGUUUCAAUGAGAAAGACAAAAUCUGAUCAAAAAUUUAAACUUCGAAUUGAAAUAUCCACGUUUAUAGAAUCAAGUCUAGAUCUUUCAAUAAAAUAUAAUAACAGUUCUAACGAAUUAUUUAUUAAAAACAUUAAUUUACACGACUAUAAUGAACAAGAGUUGAAAAUUCCUCUACCGAAUAUUUUUAAUGAUAAAGAUAUAGCAGAUAUGAAGUGCUUCUAUGUCAAGAAGGAUAGAUCGGUGUAUAUUUUCGUCUAG